AUGGAGGAGUGGGAUGAGCUCUUGGAGAAGUUGAGAGGUGAGAAAAAUGAAAGAGAAGAUGGAGUGAAAUGGGAGGGGGAUGAGCAUGAACUUUGGAGGUCUCUUUGUGACACUUGGAAGUCGGGUUUAUCUUUGGAACCUUUUUGUAUUGAUCAAAAUCACAUCUCCUACCUGGUGAUUUCUAAUCCUCCUAGCAGUUCUUGGCUGAUUUCGUGUGUUUAUGCUCCUCACUCUUUGCAUGAUCGGAAUGUAUUUUGGCCCUCUCUUUCUGAAUUCGGUAACUCCUUUGUUGGUCCUUGGCUUCUGCUGGGGGAUUUCAAUGGGAUCCUGUCAUUUGCAGAUAAAGCUAGUGGUCAUAAUUUUGGUUUGCCUUCUCAUAUUGAUUUCUUUGAUUUUGUUCACUCAAAUGCUCUCAUUGAUUUGGGAUUUGUUGGUAAUAAGUUUACUUGGAGCAAUCAUCGCUUUGGAUGUGAUAAUAUUAGAGAAAGAUUGGACCGUGGUUUAGCUAAUCAAGGUUGGGUGCAUCUCUACCCGAAUUCUUUGAUCAAUCAUCUGUGGGCUUCACAUUUGGAUCACUAUCCAAUUUUACUCUCAACUUCAAGUUCCUAUCAGAAUUUACCAAAGCCUUUUCAUUUUGAGGCUUUUUGGACUAGAGACUUUGCCAGUAAUUCAGUAGUUGCAGAAGCUUGGUUAUCUGAGGUUGUUGGUUCCCCUGAUUACUCUUUAAGCAGGAAGUGGAAAAAUACUAAGAAUGCUCUUAAAUUUUGA